GUAUUUCUAUUAAUAGUAUUGUCAACAACUGCGCCAAGUUCAGUAGACUGCUUUACGGACGUUGAUGUCAAUAGCAUGUUGUCGAUUGGUAGAAUGCCGCAAGUGGAUGUAAGAAGUAAUGUGGGCUAUUUGGAAAAAUGUGCAUGUUGUCAUGAAGCUUCUUCUCGUCUUUUUUCCUUAUUGUCACAAGGAAAACAAGAUAGGAAAAGGAUCAAUGUUGAACAAGAUAUUCCCAUCGACUUGUCUUAUAAAAGGAGACGCCUGGAUACAGAAACAGAUGGAUCGUCUAUCUUAGAAGCACUCUUAUCUGGAGAAAAACGUUCACCUUCACGAGAUUCAACUGUCAGCAUCUCAUCUUUCUCGUCAUCUUCGUCGUCAUCAUCAUCCUCAUCCUCAGCGGAUACGGAAAUGUCGAAAAAAGUUCGAUUGUCAAACAAUACAGCCUCAGUUCUGUCUCCUCGAAUAUCUGAAUUACUCGUUCAGGCGGCCAACUUCGCCAAAUCAUCCACCCACUUCGAAUCUCUGUCGCGUAGCGACCAAAUAGCCUUGAUUCAGGACGCAUGGUGCCGUCUCUUGAUUAUAUCUAUCGCAGAGGAGAAACUUCAUUUUGAUGUAGUUGCCGUUACUCCUUAUGAAGCUAACGACCAUAUGCCAAGUAAUACUACAGUCGAUACAAUCAUGGCCUUUAUUCAAAAAUGUCAAAGUUUAAAAGUUGAUGACAGCGAAUAUACGUUAAUGAAAAGUAUUGCUUUAUUCAAGUCUAGUGCCCAACUUCAAGAUAGAGAAGCUGUAGAAGAUGUAGAAAAGACAGCUAUCGGACUACUGCAAAGGCAGCCUCUAAGGUUCACUAAACUUAUAACGACCUUGCGUCGCCUAUAUAGUGUGGACCCAGAGCAAGUUGCUAAUUUAUUUUGUUCUCAUAUAGUAACAAGACUGAGUAUGGACCGUCUUUGGCCCGAACUCUUAAACGUUCCGCUAUGCUAA